AUGCUGCUGUGGCUGACCCUCGCUGUCCUGUGUAGCACCGCCUGCUGGGCAGAUCAGAUGUAUGGGAAUGCAAGAGGCACAUACUUCAGCUCCACUCCAGACAAUACAAAUGACAUAUCUGGGAUCCGGGUGUCCGUAAGUCCUAUAGGCAUAAUUAGGAGUGUCCAGCUGAGAUAUGGUUCCAACUGGAGCAGAAUAUAUGGCGUCUCAGGUGGGCGGGCCCAGGAAUUCCUCCUGGGGCCAGAUGAAUACAUUAUAGGGCUGGUUGGCUCACACAGGAUCUACAUCCGCUACCUGGUUGUCUAUACCAACUUGGGGCGCUGGGCCCCAUUCGGGAAAGAAAGUGGCUACACCUUCACCGCCUCCCCAAGCGACCCCGGCAAGAUACUCACAGGAAUCUUCGGCCGGAUCCAGGCCCUUGGCAUCACAGGCAUUGGUCUUAAGUGGGACUAUCCUCUAAGUGUACCUCCCUCACAACCACCCACCACAGCCCAGAAUAAGGAAAAGGAAAAAACUAGCUGA